AUGUCAUCGAUUUUUAGUGAUUGUUGUUUCACUUUUUCGGGUUCAUUUGAAGAAGGUAGUCAUAAAAUACUUGGUGAUAUUGUGAAAAAACAUGGUGCAACCACUUCUUCAAAUGUGACCGUUAAAACUACUCACUUGGUUUCAACCGAAGAGGAUUAUAAUACAAAGAAAAGUUACAAAAUUUCUGCUGCCUUAAAAAAAGGAGAAAAUAUAUUAAUAACUACUUGGAAAUGGGUUGAAGAUUCUAUCAGCAAGAACAAAAGGCUUCCGGAAACUGAAUAUGUAAUUGUAAGUGGAGAAGACGACGAACAAAGUGAAUCGAAUAAUGAAAAAGGUGACAAAGAUAAAGACGAACAGAUUGAAGACAAAAAUGACAACAAAACUCUUCCAAUUUCAAGAAAACGAAAACUUAAACCUGAUACAUCCUCUGAUCAAGAUGAUAAGAUCGUUGAUAAUUCUUCAACUGUUAUGACUGUAGCAUCAAGUUCCAAGACUGUGGUUUCAAAAAAAAAACGUAAAAUCAAAGCUAAUGUAUCAUCAUCUUCUACUAUUGAUCAAUCAAAUAAUAUUGAUGAUAAUAAUGUGAAAGUUGAUGUUAUGAAAGUUGAAGAAAAGAAAAUGGUUACAAUUAUUAAAAAGGGAAAAGCUCCAGUUGAUGAAAUGUUUUCAAUGAAUAAAACAACUCAUGUAUACGCGGAUGAUCAGAUUGUUUGGGAUUGCCUUCUCAAUCAAACUAAUGUUAAAGGUAAUAAUAAUAAAUUCUAUAUUAUUCAACUUUUGGAAUCUGAUUCAAAUAGUUCUUAUUAUGUAUUUAAUAAAUGGGGUAGAGUUGGAUACACUGGUCAAACAUCUACUUCAGGUCCUUUUUCUUCCUUACCUUUGGCUCAACAUGAAUUUCAAAGGAAAUUUCGUGAUAAAACGGGUAAUAUGUGGAUUGAUGUUCAAGAUGCUAUUCAAAUGAUUUUUGAUAUUAAUGCAUUUAAAAAUAUAAUGGUCGAAUUGAAUUAUGAUGCAUCUAAAUUACCAUUGGGAAAACUUUCAAAAAACACUAUAACUCAAGGAUUUCAAGUUCUUAAACGUAUUGAGGCUGUUCUAGUUAAUAUCGAUCAAGGAAAUCUAGAACAACUUUCCAAUGAAUUUUAUACUGUCAUUCCACAUAGUUUUGGAAUGAGAACACCUCCUAUCAUUUCAACCCUUGACUUGUUAAAAGAGAAAUUAGAUAUGGUAGAAGCUUUGGGUGAAAUUGAGAUCGCAGCAUCAUUGAUUAAAUCGGCGGAUUCAAAAAUCAAUUUAUUGGAUUCACAUUAUAAUUCACUUAAUUUAGAAAAGAUGGAACCUUUGGAUCAUGAUUCCGAAGAAUUUAAAUUAAUACUUAAAUAUGUCAAAAAUACUCAAGGCAGUACACAUUAUUGUAAAGUUGAAGUUCUUGAUGUUUUUUCAAUUGAAAGGCAAGGAGAAAAUGAACGAUUUUCAAAAUAUUCCAAUUUACAUAAUAGAAUGUUACUUUGGCAUGGUUCUAGAAGAACAAAUUUUGCCGGAAUUUUAAGUCAAGGAUUGAGGAUUGCACCUCCUCACGUUCCUUCCAGUGGUUACAUGUUUGGAAAAGGAGUUUAUUUUGCUGAUUGCGUAACUAAAUCCGCAGGUUAUUGUUAUUCAUUUAUGAAUGAUAAUAUUGGUUUUAUGUUAUUAUGUGAAGUAGCUUGUGGUGAUAUGUUAGAAUUAGUUAGUUCGGAUUAUUAUGCUGGAGAUAGAGUUAAAAAAGAAGGUAAACAUUGUACCAAAGGGAUGGGGAGAAUAGUUCCUGAUCCCAAAGGAUAUGUUACUUUGAAAAAUGGUACUAUAGUGCCUUGUGGUAAAGGAAAAGAGAUGAAUGAUACUACUAAGUAUUUAGGUUACAACGAAUACAUCGUUUAUGAUGUUAAUCAAAUAUCUCAAAAAUAUUUACUCAAGUUCAUUCCAAAUCAUCUGAACGCGGUUAUCCUUAAGAAUAAUAAUUUGGGUGUUACUGAAAACGAUAUUCGUAGAAUCCCAGAAAGCUUUUCAGGACUUUUCACAAAAAGUGGUGAUAAAGGAAACAUAAAAGAAAAACCACCUUAUAAUUUCGUAACAACCGGCUCAACUGGCUUGUGGAACUUUUUCAAUCCUUUCAUUAGUUCAUUUGAAAUGAGGGUUGCUGACAACGAUAUUAAUGGAAUCCCAGAAAACCGUAAUCUAUUCGCGAAAGUAUGUAGAACUAGAACACAUUAUCUUUUGUUUAUUAGAGUUUUUGUGUUUGUUAGAGCGAAAGAGUUUAUGGUAGAGUGA